AUGAGCAGCCAGCAACCACCCUGGGGCCCUCCGAGACACAGCACACGUCUGACCCCCAUCUCUACGAAUAUCACCCACGAACAGCGCAACACACCCUCCCCCAGCGGCUCGCGGCCGGGCUUCUCUCCAGCUACGUCCAGCUUCCCAUCGCUGCCUCCGUCCUCAGCGCGUCACAUCGGAAGCCGCAAGUCGUCGGCGGCCUCGUCGACCUCAGCGCCUUUCUCGCCUUCACACGCUGGACAGCAGCCCCCAGUCGGCCAGCUGCUGUCCUCCCGGUCGAGGACAAUACUUUCGCAGCAGCCUUCGCAACUGGCCUCCGCCGCCGCUGUAGGAGGUGGUGGAUCGAGCAGCGGCGGAGGGCCCUCCAGGCUUGUGCGCGCCUCGCCUUCACUGUCGACAUCGAGUACCGUGGGCUCACCGAGCACGUCAGCCAAUCCCGCAAGCGCGUCGGCGCACAACCAGAACCUCUCACGCAUUGUCAUUGCACAGGUCUUUCUAUUGCUGAGUCAAUUCGGACCCGUUAAGGACGAGAAGGACCGCGCAAAGUGGGAGACGCAGGCCGAGCAGAUUCGGAAGCUGAUCGAUUCAAACGGUAUGGAGGUAUUCUCCAAGUACUUCCGCCGCCUGUUGCAGAAUAAUGCCGCGCACAUCUUCUCAACGGGCGGCCGCAGCACAGAUCCGAACGGCAACUACCAGAUACUGGUGACGGAGAUGCAGAAGCUGCGGGUAGAUCCUGAACAAGCUCUCAAAAUUGCUGAAUCGCUCAACUCACCCGAGGGCGACCUCUUUCGAGAUUUUGAUCUCUCUGCGUUAAUAUCCCACUUCCAGCUCGAUAUAUACUCCCAGGCCAUGCUUGCUGCGUCGUGCAAGUUGGGCAGCAAUUCAGAGUUGAAAGCAAGAGGCUAG